AUAUGAAAAGACGCUUUUCUCCGAGUAAGGUUAUUCACGCUGAAGGUCGAAAAGUCACAGUAAGUCACAGAGUGUGUUAUUUAGGUGUCGCCGGCAACAUCUCUGGUUUUGAAAGAUCCAAUCACGUGAUCGGAAUUUAGGCUCAAUCACCAAGUUUCAGGCUUGAUCGAAAUCGGAUGUUGUAUCCCGAUCAGAGAUCAGAUAUUUAUUUUGUUCUCAUUAUUGUGAUUAGCACUAUAUAUUUCAAGCCUAUUAUUUCAAAUGGUAAAUGGCAUUUACUAUACACAGCAAAAUCUGCAGUGUUGAUUUGUGUUGAAUUUUCCAGUGUUAAAUAUUUCGAGUUGAUAAGUGUUGAUCUUAGUGUUGUUUUGAGCACAUCCAGUGUUAAAACAGAAUUUGGGGCGGAGCUUUGUGCUGCAACGGCUGACGGAGUUAUUUCAAAGUCUGUUGGCGGUUUUUUCUCGGAGAGCGGAGGAGGAAAGUCGUCUGCGACAUUCAUUUCAAAAGGUUUCUGUUAACUGCCACUAUGCUGCUAAAGGUCAAAUAUGAAAGUACCAAAAAAUACAUCCGAUUACAGUCAGGAUUUACCUAUGCAGAUGUCAUCUGUGAAGUAAAAAACAAGUUUGGACUUCCGGAUGGAACUGAGCUUCACAUUUUUGACGACUCUGACACAGCAGUGGAGGAAGAUGUUCUUCUUGAACUUAUAGAAAGCAAACCUGACCUGUGUCUGACUGUUUGUGACAGCAUAUCAGACAAACAUUCAUGUCCAUCCACCCUCCCUGAAGAACAGUCAGUCACUUUAAGUGUGACUGACUUCUUUAGAGAGCUAGGAAUUCCCACUGUCAGAGAUGGAACAAGCUGCGAGGUCUUAAGUAAAUCAACCACUGAGAUUUCUGAGUCAGAUGCUGCAAAAGAGAUGGUUGAAAAUGCCUUGCAUGCGAAGCCAGGAGGUGAGGAUGUUCUAGAUGAGUACAAGUCAGAAAAUUCACUAAAGCAUGGGACCCGAAGGAAGCUUGUCAACAUAUUGGUUAGCCAUAUGACUGAGUUACAUGGGAGGAUUCCAUCUCACAAACAGAAAGAGAAGUAUGCCCUUGGAAUCAUAACACUUUUUCCUUCACUGCGGGACCCCUUUUCUCCAAAGGGCUAUGAACAUUUUUAUGAUGCACAAAAGGGCACUGGAUAUUUAGCAUGGCGCCUCAAGACCAUAUCCAGAAAGAAGUAUCAGAGGCCGGUCAAAGUAGCUAAAGAUCUUGAAGCCCAUGGACCAAACCGCAAAAGAUCAGCAGAUGGAGUGCCUCAGCAACUUACUGGAGAUGCCUGCAAAGAGGCAAUAUCAUUUCUUCUCCAUUGUAAUGACGACACAAGUGUUAUGGAAAAGAUGAAGAAGACCUUUAAACACCGCCAGGAACUGAUCCAUGACCCACAAAGAACAGAAGAAGUCUUCAAAGUCUUUCCACGUUUUUUAGAUGUCAAAGGACUUCUUAACCAAGACUUUGUGCUGGUGUUUGGAGCUGAAACUGCCUCGAGGAUGCUUGAAAAGUGGGACACGACAUUUAAGCAAAAGAUCAUUGAGGAGGCCAAACACCUGACACGGACAAAUGAAUUGUUUCAACUUUUGAAAGCUGCUGAAAACUUAACAGAGAAUGAUGAGACCAACUGGGACAGUGAUAUGGCUUCACUGCUGCUCCUUCUUCAUCUGUUGCCACCCACAGCAGGACGAAAGAGGAUUAAAAUAAGCCCCACUGAUGCUGUACCUAAAAUGGUGCACUUUCAUAAGUCAUGUUGCAGCAUUGGUGAACACCUGCAAAAACGUGAAGGCAAGCAACCCUACAUCCUUGCCAUUGGCCAAACCCAGAACAAAAUUGAGACCUUCUACAUCAUUGUGGACAAACAGCUCAUUCCCUGCCAAGCCACUAGUUCACUGGGCGCGUUUGAUGAACUCUUUAAAUCCCACUAUGUUUUCAACUUGUCCUAUGAGGAAUCCCUGGUCCAGCUCUACACUUUUGUUCAAACAACCAUCUUUAACAUUGAUGUCACAACAACAGACGAGUCUCCGAGAGUUCGUGAGUUGCGUGCUAAACUGCUCAACUAGCUUAAAAUAUGUUUAAGUGUUUCAUUUGUCAGGCUGUUCAUGUGACCUGUAAGUCUUUGACAAUCCAUUUAAGACUUGACCAUAGUUUUUAUCCAAGCACCAGGUUUAAGUUGCUUUGUGCACAGGGUUGUUGUAGGCGUCAGUUUUCAACUUAUUCUGGUUUCAAAAAGCAUUUGGAAACUGUUCACAGGGACAAGUUACAGAGUGGUAAUUCAGCAAACUUAGAACCAUUUGAGGCCCCUUCUUUCAAUGACACAACAGAAGUAAAUUCGGCAGAUGAAACUCUGAGGUCAGAGGCUGGAUGUUCUGAGAAUAGUGGAUCAAGUCCUCAAAAGGAGAAUGUUAAAAGUAUCUGCACUUCAAUUAUAGCUAAACUCCAAGGAAGUGGAAUGGCAAACAGUGUUGUUUCAACUAUAAUUAGUGAUAUGCAAGAACUUACAACUGAAAUGCAGUCUCAAAUCAAAGUUGAAGUUUUGUCUGCUUUGCCUCCAGACAACCCAAUAAGACCUUCACUAGAAAAAACCUUUGACAAAUUUGAAAAUCCCUUUUUGAGCUUUAACACAGAAACAAAAAGAGUAAAAUACUUCAAGAACAAAUGGGGGAUAGUUGAGCCUGUAGAAAUAAUGUUAGGUGUUCGAUUUGACAAUCGUAAAAAUAAACAAACAGGCACUUACGAUCAAGUUCCAGUUAAAGAUACAUUUGUUUACAUUCCGAUUUUAGAAACAAUUAAAUUUAUAUGCCGAAAUUCUGAAAUAUGUAAACUUCUCAAACAUCAUCACUUCUCAAAAACUAAUGUACUUGAAGACUUUUGCGAUGGAAGUUAUUUUAAAGCACACCCACUUUUCUCAGAAAAGCCAAAUUCUCUACAAAUUCUGUUGUAUUAUGAUGAUUUCGAAACAGCUAACCCACUUGGUUCAAAACGCACUGUUCAUAAAGUUGGUGCCCUCUAUUUUGUCCUUAGAAAUUUGCCAGCCAAGUUUAAUUCUGCUCUCAUGAACAUUCAUUUGGUUGCACUGUUUCACACAGAUGAUGUUAAGAAAUAUGGCUUUGAUCCUAUUCUGCAGCCUCUGAUUAAUGAUAUCAAAAUAUUGGAACACGAAGGCCUUUACCUUCCAUUCUCCACAGAAAAAGUCCAUGGAACCAUCUGUCAGAUAACUGGGGA